AUGACGUCAACGGGCUUUUUAUAUCUGUGUCUCAUAGUUAUCUUCACAGGAGUAGUAAAUAGCUCAAGUGACAAUUCUGCACAAGUGUAUCAAAUUAAUCCGAGGACCAAUAUUAGUCAACACGGAAAUAGCAAAUUUGGUUGGUUGAGAUUCCAUACUCUGGACGAAAUUUAUGAUUGGUUGGAUGGAUUGCAAAAAAAAUUCCCUAAAAAUGUACAAGUUAUCGUUGCUGGUGUUUCCACGGAAAACCGUCUCAUCAAAGGCGUCCAUCUAAAAUUUAGUGAAAAUAAAAAGGCCGUUUUCAUCGAGGGAGGAAUCCAUGCCCGAGAAUGGCUAUCGCAUUCAACAUCCACGUACCUAAUAAAUGAGCUCUUGACGAGCGAAAGACCAGACAUUCGCCAACUCGCUGCAUCAUACGAGUGGUAUAUCUUCCCUAGUGUCAAUCCCGAUGGUUAUCCGACUUCAAUGAAUUAUCGGUUGUGGCGUAAAAAUCGAUCAAAAUCGUCAAGCUUAAGCUGUUAUCAAGGUUUUUGUGGUUAUUGCAACGGCGUGGAUUUGAAUCGUAACUGGGACUUCUACUGGGGAGGUAAACCGGGGACGUUUCAUGAUACGUGUAGUGAAAUUUAUCCAGGAACAUCUGCUUUUUCAGAAUCGGAAACAAAGUCACUAUCUAAAUAUAUUAAUGGCAUCGCACCCAAUCUCUUUGCUUAUAUUAGUUUCCACAGUUACUCUCAGAAACUCAUAUUCCCUUAUGGACACACCAUAAAUCGUGUGAAUAACUAUGAUGAACAGUAUUCUGUUGCUCUUGAUGCUGUAAAAGCGCUUUCAAAGAGGCACCAAACUCAGUACGAAGUAGGAAGCAUUGGAGAACUUAUGGGAGAAGCUACUGGUAGCUCGUUGGACUGGUUGAAGAAUAAGUACAACAUACCGUUCGCGUAUUGCUACGAGUUACGAGGUCAAACGAGCAGCGGUAGAUUUUACGGCUUCGUCGCUCCGCCAAGUGAAAUUACUCCCGUGGCUGAAGAAGUCAUGGAUUCAUUGCUUGCUCUUUUCCUCAGUGCUACUAAACGUAAGCGUUACUCACAAUCAUAGUUUGUUCAUCAAGAGAUUAAACCUUGUUAUUCCGAGAUUAGUUGUGCGACCUUACCUUGCGAGUAACUGUAAAUGUGACGAGUCUUGUUGUUAUUGACUGAUGAUUUAGAUUUAGUUUUUUCCAAGUUAUAUGACGAUGCAAGUACUGAAACUUUCAUGAAAAUAAUAUUUUUUAUGACGUAUAUACACUAUAUUUGUUAUCUACUUAAUGUUAAUAAAGAAUUUUUUUUAA